AUGAAGGGCAAACAAGCGAAGAAAUCAGUUCAAAAAGCAAUGUUGGGAAGAAAGAAUGAAAUAAAAAAAAAAGAGUUGAACGAUUGGGAAACAAAGCAAAUAGAACAAGAAGAAUCAAAGGCACAGAGCAACAAGAACAGCAGAAGACGAGGUAAACCAGAAGGCCUUGAGACGCUUGCCGAGCUUCGAAGAAGAACAAUCGGAAUAAGAGAAAUAAAAUUCUUUAGGGUCGGUGAUCUGAUCGAAAAUUUUAUUACGCAAGAGAAUGCGAUGGAAAAUUUUUUCGCAAAACUUUUUUCUGUGACAAUUUUCAGUUCCGAAAUCAAUAUUUAUUUACAUGGUCGUCUUGUUCGAAUGUUUUUUCUUUUCUUUACUCUUAAUGAGACGAAAGGAACUCAAAAAUCCAACAAAUAUUCUUCUACCCCGACAAGCCAGCUGCAAAAUUCAUCCCAAAACAAAAUUGGACAAAAAAAGGAAAAAAAUGCGCCAGAAACGAGACGAAGUUGA